GUGGCUUCCAUGAUAACAUCAUCUCUGAUAAAGAUGGCAAAUCAUGCUAAUGCAAGUCUCACUGUACAUGCCAGAUUAGUUAGCUCAAGUUGUCUUUCUCUCUACCCAUGUUCCUCCUAUCUCCAACCUUAUAUGUAGACUGCAUUUCUUGCCCAGUCACUUAGGAUUUAGUCAUUAUGGGUAUUUUUCACCCAUUUUGAGAGGACAAAUGACCAAUGAAGUUUAUCCUGAAUCCCCCUUAUUGGUUGACACCACAGAGCAUUGUUGUAAGAAUUCACUUAAUUCCACCCCUAGGACCUCAGAGCAUACUGAGGGUGAACAUUCUACACGUUUGCAUUCCACCCGUAGGACCUCAGAGCAUACUGAGGGUGAACAUUCUACACGUUUGCAUUCCACCCCUAGGACCUCAGAGCAUACUGAGGGUGAACAUUCUACACAUUUGCAUUCCACCCCUAGGACCUCAGAGCAUACUGAGGGUGAACAUUCUACACAUUUGCAUUCCACCCCUAGGACCUCAGAGCAUACUGAGGGUGAACAUUCUACACGUUUGCAUUCCACCCCUAGGACCUCAGAGCAUACUGAGGGUGAACAUUCUACACAUUUGCAUUCCACCCCUAGGACCUCAGAGCAUACUGAGGGUGAACAUUCUACACGUUUGCAUUCCACCCCUAGGACCUCAGAGCAUACUGAGGGUGAACAUUCUACACGUUUGCAUUCCACCCCUAGGACCUCAGAGCAUACUGAGGGUGAACAUUCUACACGUUUACAUUCUACCCCUAGGAACUCAGAGCAUACUGAGGGUGAACAUUCUACACGUUUGCAUUCCACCCCUAGGACCUCAGAGCAUACUGAGGGCGAACAUUCUACACGUUUGCAUUCCACCCCUAGGACCUCAGAGCAUACUGAGGGUGAACAUUCUACACAUUUGCAUUCCACCCCUAGGACCUCAGAGCAUACUGAGGGUGAACAUUCUACACGUUUGCAUUCCACCCCUAGGACCUCAGAGCAUACUGAGGGUGAACAUUCUACACAUUUGCAUUCCACCCCUAGGACCUCAGAGCAUACUGAGGGUGAACAUUCUACAUGUUUGCAUUCCACCCCUAGGACCUCAGAGCAUACUGAGGGUGAACAUUCUACACGUUUGCAUUCCACCCCUAGGACCUCAGAGCAUACUGAGGGUGAACAUUCUACACGUUUGCAUUCCACCCCUAGGACCUCAGAGCAUACUGAGGGUGAACAUUCUACAGCUUUGCAUUCCACCCCUAGGACCUCAGAGCACACUGAGGGUGAACAUUAUACACGUUUGCAUUCAACCCCUAGGACCUCAGAGCAUACUGAGGGUGAACAUUCUACAGCUUUGCAUUCCACCCCUAGGACCUCAGAGCAUACUGAGGGUGAACAUUCUACAGCUUUGCAUUCCACCCCUAGGACCUCAGAGCAUACUGUGGGUGAACAUUCUACAAGUUUGCAUUCCACCCCUAGGACCUCAGAGCACACUGAGGGUGAACAUUCUACACGUUUGCAUUCCACCCCUAGGACCUCAGAGCACACUGAGGGUGAACAUUCUACAGCUUUGCAUUCCACCCCUAGGACCUCAGAGCAUACUGAGGGUGAACAUUCUACACGUUUGCAUUCCACCCCUAGGACCUCAGAGCACACUGAGGGUGAACAUUCUACACGUUUGCAUUCCACCCCUAGGACCUCAGAGCAUACUGAGGGUGAACAUUCUACACGUUUGCAUUCCACCCCUAGGACCUCAGAGCACACUGAGGGUGAACAUUGUACAGGUUUGUAGUCC